AUGCCGCCGCCACCAAAUGCCGAGCGGUCGGCAGACAGCAGCGGUAGCGAAGUGGACGACUUUAUCCAGUCCAUGCGCGUUUCUCGCAACCUGACGCGUGUUGCACGGCAGCAGACGUUGAAGCGCCGCAUAACGCUUCGCAAGGAAGCAAGGGAGCCGGAGAAGGACCAGAAGGAGCUCGAGAAGGACAUUGAGGAGGCCGAGCGGCUGGCAUCGCUUCUGGGCCGGCGCGGGACCAGGUUUGACCACAAGCGGGCAGCGCCCAAGGUCAACCACGACCUGGACGAGACGCUGGACGAGCUGUUUGAGGAUUCGGAGCAUGUGGCCGACUACCUGCUAAUGAGCAGCAACACGGCGGCCCUGUCAAAGUCCCACGACGACGACGCGGACGAACAGGGGGGCUCGGGCGACCCGGUGCUGAAGCAGAACAGGAUUCGCGACAGCAUGGCGGCCGAGGUUAUGCAGUCGACAAUGCCGAAACCAAUGCGUUACGACAAGUCGCUGACCGGCAGCGCCGAGUAUCUGCCCAUAGACGGUUACAAGGACGAGGGCGGUGACGAGGCUGGCGCGCAGCCCAAGUCGGCUGACCAGCAAUAUAGCAGCCCUCCCCAGCAUGUGGUUGGCGGCAAGGUAGCCGGCGAUAUUGACCAGAUUCUGAACAUUGACAGCACAGCAGACGACGACGAUGGGCUACUGGAGGCGCUGAAUCGCAGCAACACAUGGAAGCUGCAGAGCGCCAUGAAUACGGGCCAGCGCUGCCAGAGAUUGCGGAUGCAGGAUGAAGACGACCUGGAGAAAUACAUCGGUCCCACGCCCAACCUGGUCACAGAGGAGCCUGUAGAUGACAUCAAGUCAGAAUCGGUUGCCAAUCCUGCAGUCGGCAGUGCCCAGACUCUUGGCAGCGCGGACAAGGUCGACGACUGCGAAGAAGAAUUCUACAAACCUGUUCCAGGCGAGGAUGACGGACAUAUCAGCAGCGACUUGCAGGGCUCCGACAGCGACGACGACACUGAUGGCAGCGACUUUGACGACCACCAGCCAACCCAGCGGCAGUCCACCCAGCUCCCCGUUGUCGGUGCAAGCGACCCGGGCUUUGACACCAACCUGGUUGACUCUGCAGAGCCAGCAACCAGCAACAGCCAACUGCAGGGACAAGUGGCCGACGCCGCUGCCGAGCCAGCAGACCAGACUUCGCUGCUGGUGCGCUCUUCAGCCGGCGCAGGUACCGGCGGGUCAACGCUCCGGCGCAACCGCCGCCUUGUCUCAAAGCACCGGUCGCGGCGAGGCUCCAGCGGGACUGGCGCGCCAGCGAUGGGAAGACAGGUGUCUGAACUGUCAGCCGACGGUAUUGAUCCGGUGCCAAGCCCCGAUGCCAAGCCUGGCAGCGCCCGGUCGAGCAUUCCGCAGCCGACUGCGCAGAGCGAUGUGGUCACCAAACCCGACUCUGAGCCAUCGCGUCGCGUGCGCAGCCUGCAUGCGAGCGACAAGCCCCUGCCGAGGCUGCCAGCCGCCUCCAAGCACAAGUCGCUCAAUUCUCACGGGACUGAGUCCGAUGCUACUGCGCAAAUGUCUGAUAUCCCUGGGCUGGCCCUGCAGGCUGCUGGUGCAGUAUCCGCGGCAGAAUCUCUGUCUGGUGGCCAGCGCAUCAGGAACUCAAUGCCUGUAAUGGGUACGCGCACACGCUGGCCGUGCAGGCUGCUGCCGAGCUCUCGUGGGACCCGUCGGCCUGAUUCGCCCAGCACGCUGGCCUCGGGUCGGGUGCCUCCCCCGCUGCCUAACAAGGCGCGUCCGCUGGUGCCAAAGAUCUUUGUUGAGGAGAAGCUGGCGUCGCAUGCGGCUAUUGACGCUGCGGCUGAGCGCCCGUCGGCACGUGCGCUGUUCCGCGCUGCCACCAGCUCGGCGACGUACCAGGUCCAGUCGGCCAAUGCUGCUGAUACAUUCAUGCAUGAUGGCGUGUCGCCACCGCCCAGUAUCUACAAGUCCAUGUCUGCUGACCAGGGCGUGAGCGGGGCUGGCGCUGACCAUGGGGCGGCCCCCAUGGGCAAGAUGCGCUGGCCGUGUCGCUGGAGGAGUGGCUGCGAGCGACCUGACGACAAGCUGCCAGCCAACAAUCCGGUGCCCAAGCCAGCGCCCAUCCCCAGCGACGGCAGGCCAAUCACCUACAACACCUACCAGUACCGGCCGGCCUCCUCCGAGCGCCAAGCUGCACGGGAGACAUCAACAGAAGGCGACGGCAGCCAACAGCCAGGCGUUGACUCCAUCAACCUCUACCACACAACCCCCAACGCGCUGCUGAUGCACUCGAAAAGCAAAGCGUCUCGUGGCAAGGUCGUCCGCACUAUCUCCACUGUCCCUCCUGCUCAGACAUACCUUAAUUCGCCCACCUCUUCUCAUUUCUCCAGCACCACGCCCCGCAGCAAUUCGCCGGCUCUUUCUCGCACCGCUACAUCAAACUCGUCGCACAGCCUCCGAGCUCCGAGUAUCCUGUCGGUUGCAGAGCCCUUAGGAAGCAGGUCCGACGACCACCAGCAUAUUAGUAAACCCCCUACUGAGACUUCUGAGCUUAAUAAGCAGACUUCCGAGUCCAGCUCUACUGCCAACCCGGAAAUGUCGGCAACAGUCGACAGCAUUCACGUCAGUGGGUCGCCGGAGCAGCCUGCUCAGCAGCAACCGCAACCACCCCCUCCGCCACCCCCUCCUCGCACGCAGCAGCAGAUACUUUUGCAGCAGCAGCAGCUCCAGCAGCUCCAGCUCCUUCAGCAGCAGCAGAUGCAACAGUUGCUGCUGCUGCAACAGCGCCAGCAGACAGACGGCACACAGCCCAUGCCUGCCAGCUACGGCUACUACGGCUACCCACCCACGACCUCGUACUCUGCCAUUCCGGCUCCAGUGCACUCAGCAGCCACCGCCGGCCCAUACGGCCAGCCGUUUUCAUACAUGCCGGUAGCACCACCAGUGAUGCUGGCUGGGCCAGCCAUGCCCAGCGCACCGCCAAUGCCCUCUGACAUGGCGGGCAUGCUGAGCCCAUCGGCGCCGCCCCUGCCUGCAUCAUCGGCGCCAUCAGCGCCAUCGGCGCCAUCGGCACCGCCUGCACAGGGUUCGGUCGAGACCCAGAGCACCUAUACCUUCCCAACGCCUGUCUACCACGACGCCGUGCAUCACGCAAGCACUGUGCCCACGGGUCCAGCCCCAACUACCUUCACAAUGCCCACCCCGCAGCCCUCCUCGGUCACCGAGUUGCACCAGAGCACACCGAGCAUUGCAUCGUCGCAGCCCUCUGCUGGAAUUGCCGUCACUCCGCAGCCGAUCAGUCUGCCCGAGUUCCCUGGCGCAUCGGCCAGCAGCAAUGCCCCGGCCAGCAGCAGCCAAGGCCACCGGUCGCGCCCAACAUCGUGGGCUGUGCCUCCGACCAGCGCCCUGCCGCCAGUUCCUGCCUCGGUGCAGGCCGAGGAGGCUUCGCCGGCGGUGUGCAUGUCGCCGGCUGCGGCUGCGGUUGCCGCCAUCAACAAUGCGCUCAGCGGCCAUGGCCGUGCUGGCCCCGACCCAUCCACCAGCACACCAAAACCUGCUGCUGGCCACCAGUCGCUGCCACCAAACUACCCAUCGGUAAGUACCAACCACGAUUGUUGUCAUUCCACACACUUGCGCCCAUGUAUCGUCACUCCUUGCCAACAAUGCUGUCAACACCUUGCAUCCGUAUCACCCAUGAAAAAGCCGCUUGAUGCCUGCAGCACCCGCGGCAACCAGCUGGAUCCGCUUUCUAUUUAUAGAAGGCAGAGGGCACUCGGACGCGACUACUUAAAGUGCUCUGCCUCCCCCUGCUUGAUAUAUAUACAUUUGGCACUUUUUUGUUCUAUUUGCGUAUUCUUCAAUCCCGCAAGCUUAAAGAGGGCCUCUUUUACCAUGCUCCUUGUCCUGCGACUGGAAGCCAUCGACGAGGUAAAGCACAGCUGCUCCGCAUGGGUCUGA